CACUGUUCCGGUGUCAGAACAGGCAAAUCAAGGCAGUAAUCUCCGGUGACUCACUACUGGUGUUCCGGGUUGGCGAGCCAGUCAGUUGACGGAUGACGAUGGCGGGGGUGACAGGGCUGUCUCUUCUUCUUCUUGUAGCUGUCGUAGGGCGGGUGUCCUUGGCAUACACCACGACAGGUCGUACCCGUGACUGGUACUACGAUACAACAACAAGAGCACCAACCCAGUACUGGGGAUACACGUCGCCGGGUCGUACCCGUGACUGGUACUACGAUACAACAACAAGAGGUUGGGCUUCCAGAUGGCCGUACGGCAGCACCACGGAACGGCCUGCUACCUAUGAUGGGAGAUAUGCAACUACAGGUGAUUCGAGCGGGGCCUUCACUUCGCCGGGCUAUAACAACUGCGGAACAACGUACAGCAGCAGCUUGUCUGGUUACAUCACGUCCCCCAACUACCCAAGCAACUACUACAACAACGCUCAAUGCGAAUACGUCAUCUCCCCUGGCACCUACGUCUACCUCCGAGUGAUUGACAAAGACCUGGAGAAGUGCUGUGACCAUCUUGUGAUAUAUGAUGACCAAGGAAACAACGUGACUGGCAGUUACGACCUCUAUGGAAAAUACUUCCGAGUGGUGUUCACCUCUGAUGGUAGCGUUGUCCGCAGAGGAUUCCAACUGUACUACGGUCCAGAUUUGUCAUCACUCCCCGCGUAUCUCACAACCGACUCCAGCUACAACAGCCAGCCAUCUAGCUCUUACCCUUGGUAUGGAAUGACAAGCUCCCCCCCGUGGUACGAUAGGACUACAAACGGAGCCUGUGGUCAGACGAGCUACAGCACGAGUGGCGUUUUCACAUCCCCCAACUACCCCUCCAGCUACUCAAACAACCUCAACUGCGUCUACCACAUCCUCACAUCAACCUACAGUGAACUUAGAAUUGACGAUAUGAAUUUAGAGCAAGGUUAUGAUCACCUGAAGAUUAUUUACGAGGACCCAUAUCGGAACCGCCAGUUGAGGACAUUCACUGGCACAAGUCGUGAUACCAUCAUCGGCAGAUACUUUGAUAUCACCUUCACCACUGAUGGAAGCAAUACUAACCGAGGAUUCAAACUGUCCUGGAGACUGUCCUAUGAUGCGACCUUGACCUAUGGCUAUGGAUACACAACGAACGCAUACUAUCAGUCGGGCAGCAACUGGUGGGGCUGGUCAUCAAAAGGGUCGAGCAGCAACUGGUGGGGCUGGUCAUCAAAAGCCCCCUUUGGGAAAGUAAUGGUCACCUGCGACUCCAGGGAUUUCAAAGUGACUGUACCCCGCGACAUGAUUCAACAAGUGUUUCCGGGGUCAUCUGAAUAUGACCUGACCCUGGAUGACCCUAGCUGCAGGGGUCAAGUCUACUAUGACGUCGUGAUGUUUCGUUCAAACAUCCUCGGAUGUGGCAUGACAAGGGAGGAAACUGGAUUUGAGAUAGUGUACAAGAACAAGAUCGUGACACAGAGUAGAGGAUACUACGGUAGCUCCACGAUGGGAUCAAUCAUCACGAGGUUCAACUCGAAGGAUAUAGCGUUAGAAUGUCACCUUAACAGGGAUGUGUCCAUAGUCGGACACUUCAGGCCUCAACAUGACCAUGAGCUGGUUGCACGAGGCUCAGGAAACUUUUCCAUGCAUAUGGACUUCUACAGGGAUCCAAGCUUGAGUUACAGAAUCACGUCCUAUCCCAUGUACAUUGGCCUGAAUCAGGAUGUAUACGUGGACGUCGGGCUGGAGUCCGAUGACUCUGACCUCAAGAUAUCGCUUCAGAACUGCGUGGCUAAACCAUCUGUAAAUCCUUACGAUUAUUAUAACCAGUACUACCUUAUCAGAAAUGGAUGUCCUGCUGACCAGACCGUUGCUUUCGAGUACACUUCCGCCCAGAAACAUGUUCACUUCCGGUUCCGGACAUUUGAAUUUGUCCGCAACAAUCGGGAUGUAUACAUCUUCUGCUACGUCCGAGUAUGCAACGGCACAGACUACGAUCAGAGAUGUCGUCGGGACUGCAACUCCCCACAUCGCCAAGGUCGGGAUGUGUCAGAUGACAGAAAAGAUCAUGACCUCCACAUCUUCCAGGGACCACUUACCUUUAGAGAGAAACGGAAUGCAGAUUUCCAGGUUGCAGAACGAACUGAUGAGAAGGACUCCAGCUCUGCGGGAACUGUCCCAGCAAUUGUCAUGGUCAUUGCUGCAGUUGCCAUGGUGAUGGCUGCUGUUGUCAUGGUGAUCCGGGGGAAGCGCCGCAACCGAUCCCACACAACAGGUGUCGAUACGGAACUGUAAUAGUUCGAACAGCCUUUGCAACUGUUCCCCUAUUCACUGCUUAAACUAAGUAUAAACAUUUACCUGCUUUUUAGAGAAUUCUCACAAAUAUAAUGAUGCAUUUUUACAAAUCUUUCCCGCAUCACUACACCUAUUUACCUGCUUAGUCAGCUUAAUUAACUAACUGUACGAAAAUGUAAUAAUCGUAAUAAUUAAACCAGACAUAUACAGAGCAUUUGAAUACACAGUGGGAUGCAACUUCGAAACUCACCAAUCGUUAUGUCACAUUGAGAGUUAAGGAAGUCAAUGAUCACGGUAUCUGUACAGUUAGCCAUGAUCCAUGUUGUUUUGGCGGAAGCGACACUUUGUAGGGUUUACUUACUGAUAAUAGACUUUUGAAGGGUAUUCGGACAAGUUACAUCGAAUUAAACAAUUUAUGACACAUCAUUCAAAAAUAUUUACCAUGAUUAGUAGUCAAUACGAUUAAUAAGCCAAACAUGCGCAGAAAUCACUUUCGAGGUCCAUCACUGUAAACUCGUAAAAUAAGCCGUCUAUUUCAUUGAUUUAAACUGUCAGACAAGUGUGGACGAGCCGAUCUGCUUAACCGUAUGUAGAGAGAUUGAGUCCCUGUCAGGUGUAUUCAACAAGACCAUGCCGUCUUUGGAGCGUUCAAAUCAGAAAGGAUGCCUUUGUGUCAUCAUCACCUGGUGUCAUCACUGAUUUUCAGUGGUCCAUUCAUAUAAUUUCAGUAGUUUAUGCCCUUUACGCCAAGUGUGAUCUGUUCGGCAGAAAAUGUAGGAUGGUUAUUUGCUUGCAUUGACAAUUUAUAGUAUUAGUUGUUUUAAAGCUUUGCUAUAACUGCAAUAAACAAUAUAUAUAA